GUCCGUAACCCAGGGCAACUGUCUCGGUCGCCCGCCGGCGGGGACUAAGCUGCCCGGGGGCCUUCCACCCAGCUGGCUCCACUGGAGGGUGUGAGCGGCCGCGGCCGCUUCCCCGCCUCCGGGCAAGGCCCCCCGACCUUUCCACCGGGCGGCAGAGCGAGGUGUCCUGCCCAGUUCGGAAGGAAGCCGCCCUCUCAGGCGGGGAGGCAAAAGGGAGAGGAAGAAGAUGUUAAAGACUUUAGUCAACUAUCAUAGUAAUGGAUCUUGGUCAGAAAAAUGAGACUGAAUUAGAAAAUGGUGAAAAUAAUGAAAUUCAAAGAACAGAAGAAACUGAAUUAGUCUAUACUUGUCCAGAUGAAAGAAGUGACGAGAAUCAUGUUUGUUGUCUUCUCAAUGUCAGUGACGUUACGCUUGAACAAGAUGAAAAAACCAAAGAGUUGGUCAUCGGAACUGGAUGGGAAGAAGCAGUCCAAGGCUGGAGAAGGACUUCUCCAACUGCGUGCAUCUGGCCCAGGAAGAAGCUUAAAAAGGCGAGAGCGGGAGAAAGUGCCAGCAGCUGCUUGCUCUGUGUCAAUCUCUCCCAGGGCAGCCUGGAGGCCCGGCUUCAGUUGGAGGCAGGGAAGUUGGAGUCCGGGGCAUCAGCUCUGGUUGAGGCAGGCCCAGAGAAGAAGGGGCUCAGCCUCUCCCAGACUCCAGGCCUCCCCCAAGGCCCCACCACUGCCUCCAGGGAAGUUAACAAGAUCUGCUUUCCCACCUACAGUCAGGGAGAGAAAAAAAGCCUGCAAAUAAAGGAGUUUAUUUGGUGCCUAGAAGACUGGACUACACCUGAGACUGUUAGGGGCAAGGGUCCCAGAAGCCCUGGUGGUCCCUCCCUCUCAAACUCCUUGACCUCCAAAGCCCUUUUAGUUCUGCCUCCCCUGAAGGCCUCACCCCCAAAUGGCUUGGAUGUUCUGGGUAAGAAGAGUAAGAACUUCUUGGAGCCGGACGAGAAGGUGCUGAGUAUGGAAAAGGAUGAGUGUGUGGCUUGUGCAUAUGGAUUGAAAGCAGUUGAUGGGACAGGUGAAAUGAGACCCAUUGAGCUGGCCAAGCCUCACAAGGUCAAGGAAACGCAGCCUUUUCCCACCCCGGUGGCUCGGACAUCCUUGCUGGCUGCCCCCCAGCCCUGCCGCCUGCCCUGGUCCCUCCUGCCUGAGAAGAACCUGGCGUGGCCCCCCUACCCCAGCAGCAUUCGCUAUCUCGCCACCUUGCAGUUUUUGCAGAAACAAGGAGCACGGAGCCACAAAGCCAAGCUCAGACCCAGAGAGCCGAGACCUCCCGUGGAAACCCCAAAGUGCGUUCUCACAGAGGCCAAGCAGGAAAACAGACCCCAGACGUUGGAGACCAAAGUGUUCUCAAGGCCCCUCCUGCCGUCCCUCACAGUGAGCAGAGUUGUUAUUCCCCUUAACACUCACAGACUCCUCUGAGUUCCCACAAUAUAACUCCCUGGGAAUAAGCACCGUCUGAAAGUCAUUCACCCUCUCUUCCUUCCUCUCCCCGCCCCUUGCUCUUUCUCCUGGUCAUCUUCCUCCUCGUCCUCGUUUUCUUGCACACUCUUCCAUCUCUCUCUUUGUCCUUUUUGUAGUAGAACCAGGGGAAAUUGAAUCUCAUGGUAUGGGUCUUGAUUUACUCUCAAAGCCCCCAUAUUUAUGUGUUAGCUGCUUCUGUGGCCGAGCCGCUUGCAAAAUGCAAACUGGUCAUGCCAGUCUCAGCCUCUGCCUGGCUCAUCUGGCUACUGAAAGACAAGUGGAUGGUGGGGAAUCUGAAGGGCUGCCCUCAGUGAUGCCCCCGUGUCAGUCCUGAGCCAACUGUCAGGGGCUCUUUCUGCUCCUUCAACCAAGGGUGCUAGGCUUGUUUAGACCAAACUGUUUCCUAGCAGAUGUCUUCUGUUGCCUUAUUUUCUCUUGCAACACAGAUCUGCUUUAAUAGAAACAAUGUUAUAAUAGAAAAUUUCAGCCUGUGUCCAAAUGAAUAUCCUUGCGUCCAAGGUGACAUAUCCUUAUAUUAUAUUCAUGGAAGAACUAUAUCCACUGGGCUCUGUGUGUCCAAGGUGACAUAUAUCCAUGGAUGGACCAUAUCCAUUGUAUCCUCUAUGUUCCAGAUUUCAUAUACAUAUAGUUUCAUGCUAGUCUCUGUGUCUGGGAAGUUUUGGCUACAGUUGUACAAAAUCCAUCUUGCGAGUGAGGUUGCAAAGAACCACUUUUUUUAAAAAAAAAUGUCACUGUGAUUAUUGUCAGCCCACAUGCUUCCUGCAAUCUUACCUUCCAUCGAGUAUUUGGGGACUCUACAACCCAAGACAAUUAUGCAAUGGGGCUGUAACUUUUCUUCCUUCUCCUAUCUUUCCUCCCCCUCAUUUUGUCCCAGUGCAGAUUUCCUGAAGUGGUAUAUAAAUUAAACGUUUGUAUGAGUUGUAUAUUAAAUAUGAAGCGACAAUGCUAUGCAGAGAAAUGCUCUAAAAAACUAUUUUGUGAUAUGAAUAACCAUUUAGCCGCUCUGUAAUUACAUAGUUUGCAUUUGCUUAAAGUAGGUUGUACUUGAACUCUAGAUGUUCCAUGUCUUAAACAUGGGCAGACAAUACAUGACUGUAUCUGUAAA